AUGAACGUUGGAAGCAAUAUUUUGAUUUCACAACAAUUGAUAACAAUAGGGUUUCUGAAAGAAUGUUCAAUCAGAUGGAGUCCGAUAUCAGUGAAAACAUUGAAACUCGAUCCACUCCGUCAGUGUUUCGAUAAAGUAUCGAAAACAAUUUCCCAAACAUUACAAGGAGUCGACCAUAUGGCUUUAACUAUUGAUGGACGGUCGGUACUGGAUCGUCUCGAUAUCAAUGACAAAGUGUACCAAAUAGUCACUGAUAAUGCUUCAGCAAUGAUCAAAGCUUAUAAAUUUGGCUUAACAGUCAACGAUGAUGCUAAUGAAGAUGAUACCAAAUCAUUUCCUGACGUGCGCGACUUGUCUGAUGAUAACAAUGAUGUUUACAUCCGUGAUAAUCCUUCUGAUGUACGACUUGCAUGUUUUGCCCAUACAAUGCAGCUAUGCAUUCGAGACGGUCUGAAGAAUGCGACUUAUAUACCCAAAGUGCUUGGAAACUGUAAAGUUAUCGCAAAGUUUGCACACAAAUCAUCCAAAAUAGCCGAUUUGUUGGAACCAUUGAACAAGAAUAUCUACAAAUACAAUUUAACUAGAUGGAACAGUGAAUAUAUGUUAAUAAAAUCGAUUGUUUCAAUUACGAGCUCAAUGGAAAAUCCAAUCAAGUUUUCAAGCAAUGAUUUCGCCGUUUUAGAAGAUUUAAUUGAUGUUCUAGAUCCAUUUUGCGACAUAUCAAUGAAAUGUCAAGCCGAUCACGUUGUUACCACUAGCUUGGUUGCUCCAUCAAUCACACGUUUAGUUGGACACCUUCGAGAUAUAAAAGAACAUGUUAAAUUUUGUUUGAAACUCGUUCAACAUCUUCAAGAAAGUAUUAAGACUCGUUUCUCUGGUAUGAUAAAUAAAUUGCAUCUUGUUGAUGUUGUUGACAAUGGUCAAUUUGGUGGUCCACGAUAUUUCGUUGCUGCCGUACUGGAUCCAUCGUUCAGAUUCUACUGA